AUGAAAAAUCCUAAACCUGAUUACCAAGGAAAGUGGAAGAGCUGUCAUUUUUCAAGCUGAGAGCUUUAAAAAAUUCAAAACAAUGAAUUUAUUUCUCGAAGCGUACCGUUCGUCUCGCUCCUCUUUCCAUUGAUUGACUUUGCAUUUUGUGUUUUCUACGAUCCUCCUCGACGGACGACAGACAUCAUUGAAUUCUUUUAUUAUUGUUUCAGUAACCAGCAAUCCGCCAGUUCUCGAACAAGGGAUGGAGUAAAUUUGGAUGGUUGGUUGUGGGGGAUUGACAGAGAUUGUUGAUAUUAUGAAGAGAACAGGAGCUGAGGACUUGGGGGAUUUCUAUCCAAUCCGACCUGAUUGCCAAGCGGAUACUCCAAAGCCCCGUUUCAAGCCCAGGGCUGGGAAAACUCUUAGUGAAAGAAGGUGGAAUGCUGCGUUCUCUGAAGAUGGUCAUUUGGAUAUUGAGAAGGUGCUUAGACGGAUCCAACGGGGGGGUGUUCAUCCUGCAAUUAAAGGGUCGGUAUGGGAAUUUGUGUUAGGAUGCUUUGAUCCUAAUAGCACAUAUGAAGAACGGAAUCAGCUUAGGCAACGUAGGAGGGAGCAGUACAUCAGGUGGAAAGCUGAGUGUCAACACAUGGUUCCAGUUAUUGGUAGCGGAAAGCUUAUCACAACUCCCAUUAUUACCGAUGUUGGGCAACCAGUAAUUGAUUCUGCAAUAAAUAGUUCUUUUUCAGACAAGAGAUCAAUUCAAUGGAUGCUUGCUUUGCAUCAAAUUGGUUUGGAUGUUGUUCGCACAGAUCGAGCUCUUGCUUUUUAUGAGAGUGAAAAAAAUCAGGCAAAACUUUGGGAUAUUCUUGCCGUUUAUGCUUGGGUGGAUAAUGAUAUUAGUUAUGUCCAAGGAAUGAAUGAUAUUUGCUCUCCAAUGGUAAUUCUUCUUGAAAAUGAAGCAGAUGCCUUUUGGUGUUUUGAGCGUGCAAUGCGGAGACUGAGAGAAAACUUCAGGUGCAGUGCAAGUUCGAUGGGGGUGCAAACUCAGCUGAGUACGCUUUCACAAGUAAUUAAAACUGUUGAUCCGAAGCUUCAUCAACACCUUGAGGAUCUAGAUGGUGGUGAAUAUUUAUUUGCAUUUCGCAUGUUGAUGGUACUCUUUAGAAGAGAGUUCUCCUUUGUGGAUUCUCUGUAUCUUUGGGAGCUGAUGUGGGCCAUGGAGUACAAUCCAAACAUCUUCUCUUUAUAUGAGAAGCCUAUUGCCGAGUCAGACAAGAGUGCUGCAUCGAUGUUGAAUAAUAAGCUGCUAAAGCAGUGUGGCAAGUUUGAGAGAAAUAAAGUGAAGACUGGAUGUAAGGACCAACAGAGUGCACUUGCUGUUUUUCUUGUUGCCAGUGUUCUUGAGGCCAAGAACAAGAGAAUUCUAAAGGAGGCUAAGGGUCUUGAUGAUGUCGUCCAGAUAUUGAGCGAUAUUACUGGAAAUAUGGAUGCUAGAAAGGUAUGCAAAGAGGCAUUGAAGAUUCAUAAAAAGUAUCUGAGCAAGGCCAAAAAGUGAUAAACAUAUGCUGGGAAUCACAAACAAGUAAAAUCGAAUUUUGCUCCCAGAUUCUUGGCGGCAUUGGUGUCACGACUUUCUCUCGCACGCCAAUUUCGUCAUUUUCUUUUCGGAAAAGGUCUCCUAGUUGUUGAUUUUUCCCCUCUAUAAAUUGAAGUCAUUAUGAUGUUUAUAACAUUUUGAUAUGAAAUGAUUCUGCAUAAAUAGCAGGCACAUCAUUUUUAUGUGAA